CAAUAAACAACAAAAGAAGAAGAAAAGCUGGGUGCAGCUGAAGAUGGCGGCCGCGACCGUCGCGGGGCUCGACGCCCACAGGAUGGAGGAGAAGAAGCUCGAGUACUUCUCCUCCAUCAACUCAAUGGCCAAGAAGAUCAUGCAGGAGAGGGAGAAAAUCAAAAGCAAGCACGGCUCGGCCUGGGACAAGAUGACGCCGCAGGAGCAGGACACCGCCAUCGACAGCUGGAUGAUGGACCCGCACAUCCGAGCCCGGUACGCAGCGCACAGACUGGAGCGACAAGAGGUGGUUUGUUACCCCAAACUGCUCAUCCAGACCGGGCAGAAGAUGGUCCAUUUCGGGGAAGAGGAUAUAACUUGGCAAGAUGAGCAUUCUGCUCCGUUCUCCUGGGAAACCAAGAGUCAGCUGGACUUCAGUCUGACGUCAGGAUCUGUGGAUCAGGGUCUGCUGGCGUCUCAGUCGGACUCAAAGACCGCGAAGGUUCCUCAUCCCGGCCAGCUGGGCAAGAACACACCAGGACCCAAGGUGUCUGUCAGCGAGGGCCGCAGGCCGGAGGAGGAGUCGUCUUUCUGGAAGAUCAGCGCCGAGAGAUCCAGACUGGAGGGAGAACAAGCCGACUUCCAGUCUCUGACCCCGAGCCAGAUCAAAUCCCUGGAGAAAGGAGAGAAGUCGCUGCCCUCCUACCUGCGACAGGAGACGUCUGUGACCCCGAAGGAGCCCGAGCCAGCAGACCCCCCCCCUCCGGCUCCCAGCAGGUCCACCAAGCAGCGAGCACCCAAACCUCCGGCCCCGCAGCCCCCGGUCCCGGUCCCGGUCCCGGUGGCUGUCAGCGCGACGCCGGCGUCCAUCUCCAUCUCGCCGAGCCCGGCCCCGCCCGUCAGCGUGUCCUCGUCGGUGGCGGGCUGGGAGCGAUCUCAGAGCACGCUGCCGUCGGCCGGCAACGCCCACGACGAGAUGUUCUCCUCCGGCAUGAUGUCCAAGUCCCCCAACGUCUCGGCCGGCGUGGAGAAGGAGAAAGAGGAAGAGGCUUCGCCCAACAGCCCCACCUUCUCCCAGUUCAACACAAGCAGCAGCAUCCUGAAGACUGGAUUCGACUUCUUAGACAACUGGUAACCACAGCGGAGACCAGUCACCGCUCUGAAUGAAUCAUCAUCAUCAUCACUCUGAAGAAGGACCACACUGCCAUGACGACAGUAUUCCACGUCUAGAUUUAAGAAACACCAACCUUUGAAAUGAAACCACAUUAAUGUCUUUGUAAUUAUCUUCAGUGGCUUGUUAAGGCAUCAUCACCCCCACAUCCCCCCCCUCUGCCCCCCCCCUCCUCUAGAUGAGUGAUUAGGGUUGAAUCUUUAGUUUCUUGCCAACCAGCUGCUGCAUGUGUGUGUCGUCCCUCACUGUGCAUUCACACUGACCCGUCUAUGAUCCCAACAGUCACAAACAUCACAAACAUCAGUUUAAAUGCAACCAGAUUGAUAUUCUAACAUGUUUGCUAGUUAGAACAAAGUUAUUAUUGUUGCAACUAAACUGUAAAACUGUAAAGUUGCUUUUUUCUUCUUGUUGUCAGUUAACAAACAGCUUCAGCAUCAGGAUUAAACCCCGAAAACCAAAGUGGAUCAGAAACCAGAUCAGUGACGUCGUUGAUUAAAAGACACAUGGAGGUGAUGAAUGUAAACGGGGUCCACGCUGCUAGUUUAGUAGUUCUCUCUCUCUCUCAUGACGGUACAGUGUUUUGUUAACGUGGUUAAUGAGCCACAAUAACGUAGAAUUUGGGAAAAAAAUAAAUAAAUAAUAAUAAUGAACUUGAGAGCAAAGCAGCAACAGCAGCUGCUUUCCAAGUUUCAUCUCUUUAUGUUGCAAAGUUUCAAAUGAAAAUUGGGAAACAAUGGGAACGUUUUAAAUGACCGUUACAGACUGUUCACCCGUCUGUGGAUUCACAAAAACGUAUUAUAACUGGCAGGAGAAUAAAGUAGAGACCAGUUCAGACGGGCUUCAUAUAUUCUCAACCAGUCUCGUUACUGGUCCAGUUAAGUGUGUUUGCACAGUAACGGUGAGACUGCAGACACUCAUGUACAAUAAGCUUCAUCUGUGCAAAUCACUCAAACCUUUAUCCAUUAUUUUUACUCUUUCAUGUGCUUUUUAUUUAUAUUCCUAUAAACUUCUAGAUUGAAAGUAGUGCUACAGUUCCUACUGGUCCUACUGGUCCUACUGGUUUUGUUGCUCAGAUGGGAGAAAGUCAUGGAAUUACAGGUAAACUGCACAACGUUCAUUGAAUGAGCUGCUGGUUUCCAGCGCGGCUGAAGUAGGAAAACAGACUCUUGUGUUCUGUGGUGAUGCAAACGCUCCAACUUGAGUCAUGGAAAAGUCUCAGUCUGUGUGUGUCUGGGUUGCCGUGGGAACCUGUUACAGAUGUCCUGUAUGGCUUCAGCUCCCCCCGCCGACACUUCCUCACCAUCACUCACUCAACUCUCCUCCCCAAACGUCACUUCUGACCUGAAACUAGUGCUGAGCAGAGCUAGUGUGCGUUUCUAACGGACGUUGUGUUUUUAGGCUUGUAGUGAUUUCUACCACUUGUGUCAUAGAUGAAAAAUCCAGUUUACAUGACUAGAGUACUAUUUUACUGAAUUUUAUAUUUAUCCGCUGAUUGUAUCUUAUGCUAUACAUGUAUAUUGCACUCAUGCAUUUUGAGAGUCACGGAUCAGAAGGAAGUAAAUAAAUGAAAGUCAAACCUG